AUGAAGACCUUACUGGCUCGACUCUUCGAUUGCGGCGAUGAUGCCUGUUGCUUCAGCUUUCUCAAGGGACGUGCGCGUCACUUCUAUGCCGACGAUGGCAACGCGGGGCACUUGCGGCUGCGUUCGGAGCCCGACCUGGACUCGCCAGGUUCGAACAGCCCGAUGGUGAGGCGGUCCCGCACCUGGAGCGCGAGCCAAUUCACCAAGAACUUCCGCCACCUUCAGCGGAUGAUGAGCUCACCGAAGCGCUUGAAGGCGGAUGAGUUGGACUUCGGACAGCUGAGUCUGCACGACCGGGCGACCAGCAUCAUGGACCUCUGGAAGAUCCGGGGACAGUACCGCCCAAUCACCGCCUUCUAUGACUUCGAACGGAAGCUGGGCGAGGGCGCUUUUGGCUCGGUGGCCAAGUGGCGCAUCAAAGGCUCCCAGCAGCAGGUGGCGGUGAAGCGGAUCAAAUGGCGGGCCAUUUGGCAUGGCUUCUUUCGGAACCGUGCGGCGGAGAAGGCGAUCCGCAAGGAGCUCAAGCUGCUCUUGGUCCUGGACAACCCCUUCAUCAUCAAGUUUCGCGAGUGGUUUGAAGACCUGUUCAAGGGCAUUUUCUUCGUCAUGGAGCUUUGCUCGGGCCCGUCCCUGCAAUCCAUUCUAGAGGAUGUAUGCCGCCAACCGGAGGUCUCAAGGCGAAGCUUCCUGCCCAAGCUGCGGCGGCACUUCCGUGAGGUCACGUAUGCCAUCAGCUACCUCCACGGCAUGGACCCUCCCGUGGUCCAUCGAGACCUGAAGCCCGAGAACAUCCUUUUGGCCGAUGCCACCGAGCACAGCACUGCUCGGCUCAUUGAUUUCGGGUUAGCCUCCCUGAAAACGGAUCAGGAGGAGCACUUGGCGGUGGGGACGAUGGUCUUUAUGGCACCUGAGACCUUCACCGAUGUGAAGGCCCAGCUGGAUCAGCAGACCGACAUCUGGGCCUUGGGUGUGAUCUUCACGUGGAUCGUCACUGCCCUGGAGCUGGGCUCCCUACAGCAUCCCUGUCUGGAGCCCGAGGAUGGCGAAGAGUUCAAUGUCCGCUGGAUCGACCUGUACAACGCGUUCCGCGACCGAGUGCCGUGGAACCGUGCGCUGAUUGCGAGCUAUCCCACGGUGGGCAGCAUCCUCGACAAGGUGUUGGUCUACCAGCCCUCCGCGCGCUGCGGCGCUGCGGCCAUCCUACAGGAUCCCUGGAUGUCCGUCUCGGACCCCGCCAUCUCGGCCUCGGCGGAGCUCUUGGAACGCGGCAGCCUGCUGUACAACCUCCGGACCUUCGGAGAGCUGACGAACCUCGAGAAGAAGAUCGUCUCUCUGGUCGCUGACCACGCGCCGGACGCCAAGCUGGAGCUUCUCCGGAGGACCUUCCGGGCCUUUGAUACCUCCAAGCAGGGCGUGCUGGAUGUGUCCGAGUUGAUCGAGGGCUUCAGGAGGCAUGAUGUCGACAUCUCAGAAGACUUGAUCAGAGAUUUGUUUGAUUCGGUGGACAUCGACCACAACCAUGUCAUCAGUUACCAGGAAUGGCUUGCAGCCACCAUUGGCCCCGGCAUCCUUGACUCAGAAGCGGCGCUGGGCGCCUGCUUCCGGCGCCUGGACCCGGAAGCCAAUGGCGUCAUCACCCGAGACGAUCUCAUCAGGGCUGUGGGCGAAGAGGGAGCCGACGAGGUCUUUGCGAUCGACGAGGAUUCCUUCUUUGCAGCUGAUAACAUCAGCUACGAGGAGUUUAAGGUGAUGGCGCAGAAGAUCGGCGCCAAGCGCGCCUCCACCACGAUCAAGACCCGGCAGAGCCGGUCCAUGGUGGUGGACGACGCGCGGCUGCGUGCUCGAGCGGAAGCGGAGCGUGGCGCGCGGCCCAAGCGGAACUCGGCCUUCGCCGUGGCAUAG